CCUCCUAAGCCAAAGCUUCGUCAUCUCUAUCUCUCUCUGGAUAAUUGCCAUUUCAAUCCAAAACUCGGUGAACAGCUUCUCUAUUUCAUCAUCCUCUCUCUUCGUGGCCCUGUUCAAUCUGCAAAGAUUUGCUUUACAAUGACUACCAAGGAGACCAGAAAUUCAGUGUCACCACUUACUCUUCUACCGGUGUUUUUCCUUUUGAUCCAGCCUGCUAAAACCGAAAGCGGCAUUCUCCUCCCCGAGAAAUCCUCCAAGCUGAACUCAGGCAGGGUGGUAGCUGUUGGACCUGGAUCAAGGGAUAAAGACGGGAAAUUGAUUCCGGUCUCUGUGAAGGAAGGCGACACUGUUCUUCUUCCAGAGUACGGCGGCACACAGGUCAAGCUCGGCGAGAACGAGUNAAAUUUCCGAAUCAUCCGAGACAAGAAGAAGAAGAAAGUG